CUCAAAUCACAACACCUACUACAGCGCAUUUAAACAUGUGACUAAAGAGGAUGCUAACUUUGUUGUUUCAUCAUGUCACCCAAAUCUGAAAGAUCCCCCCCCCCCACAUACAGAAAAGGCGAUAGCAGCGAGGAAAGCAGCUGUUAAAGCAACAAGCAGAAAGUUGGCCAAAAAGAAAAGGGAGAAAUACUGUACAUUUGAUGUGGUUGAGAUAAUUCGUGAGCACGGGAUAAAAAGUAGGUUGGAGCUUAUUUCAUUGGCUGUCAAGCAGAAAGAAGUGGGAAAAACUGUUUUGGCAGAGUUUAUCGCAAAUAGAGGCUUCAAGGUAGUCGAGGAAGCAUUGGCUCUGGCCUUGGAGUUUCAGGAAGCAUUGACUAAAUUGGCAAGACUGCAGAAAACCCGGGUGGACGUGUUAUGUGAAGCCUACAAUGGCCUGUGUGUUGCAGAUUGCGGUGGCAAAUGGCUAGAGUGUGCCCUUGGUCUACUUUCCCAGAACGAAAUCUCUUUGUCUACUUUCUGUGCAUCUGUAUACAACGCAUUGUACUUGGGUCGUGCGUAG